AUGUUUUGCGCAAUAGCAUUUAUACAGAUGCUAAUUGGACUUGCUGUAAUAGCACUGACUUUAUGGCUUCGUCUUGAUCCAAAAUUUGAGGAAGACAUGCGGGCAAAUAUUCUGCGCACUGAAAAUGGUCAUCCAGCAAUGGACAGUGUCAAAAUGAACAUCCGGCUCGGUGUAAGGCUGUUUUUAAUGGUAUCAUUCUGGGUUCUCUGUGGCUGUGGACUAGCGGCUGCACUGAUUGGUCUGCUGGGCACAUGCGCGGCUGUAUCUGCGAAUCGUGCAGUGUUGAUUUUAUUUAUCAUUACCGCAAUUCUGCUGAUUCUUGUCGAGAUCGGAAUUGGUGUUUUCGUUUUUCUCUACAACUCAACGGUAAUUUGA